UGCAUCGUUUUAUGUGCUUAUGGUUUAGCUUGUUUCUGAAUAACUGCAACUUUUCUAUUUGUUUCCUGGGUAACAUGAUUUUUUUGUCGUUUUGUUUACUUUGUCUUUGAAAAGUUUCUUUUACUUUUGUUUCGAAGAAUAGGAAUAUAAGAAGAAUGAAAAUAUAGAGUAAAGAUAACACUUGCAAAUAGUGACCGUGAUCGCUUAGUAGAUAUAAGAAGAGGUAUAAAGAGCAGUGUUUGAUAGACAAAUAUUCCUGGUUCUAGCCGCUUUUAGAGGAUUUCAAAUCAGUUCAAUAAAAGUCAAUGCGAUCACAAUGAAAUCCACAAUUAGGACCUCUCAUUUUGCGAUCGUACAAAAUUACUCUGACAAAACGACAAAGAAGGGUUUCAUCAUUUCAACAAUUUCUUUUGAAAACUAUUGCGUCUUAUUGCUUUAUUCUAUCAAUUCCUAAUUAUUUGGAAGACCAAGUUGAUGAUGACCUCACAUGGGCUGCAUGUGCGAGCUGGGACGGCGGGCUUGACUUUACCAAGAAGGGUUGGUGAAUAACGCGAAACUACUUUUGCCCAUUUUUUUCCCGCAAAAUAAUUAUAAUUUUGUCUAUAGUUCUAAAAGAAACAGCUACUCACAUUUUACCUCUUAUCGAAGGUAAAGCAUAACAAGCAGGUGUGGCUCAUUAAUAAUUCAGAUGCUAGGAAAGCCACCAGCUGUGUGCUUGUCCUCACCCUGGUCUAUGAUUGGCUGGUUUGAAUUCGGACCCAAUCUGCCACCUGUCAGCUCACUUGUUGAUGUAUAGCUGCAGCAAAGAGUUGCUACUAAAUCACUUAACUCUGCGCACAGAGUAACGCAGUAACUAAGUACUUGAUUUAAAGUAGAUACUUCCCUGUCUUUUAGGGAGCAGAUUCCAAAGAUGCAGACCACUGCAGUAGUACUCGCACUUUUUGUGGUCGUCUCAGCGCUAACAGUCGAAGUUGAGUCGUUCUGUAGACGCCCUUACGACUUCGCGGAUUGGCAGCGGCAGUCCCUCGCAAGACGCAGCAAAAACGCCGACAUCAUUAUCUACGCCGAGAUCCUAGAGAGCCCUUGCAAGAAACCUAUCCCACUGACGACGCUACCUCCUUCGACGAUCCCUACAACAGCACCAACCUUGAACCUCACCGCACCUCAGAACUCUAGCAACAACAUCAACUCCAGUAGUAACUCUAAUGUGACGACCAGUCCACCGCCACCAACCACAACACAGCCACCAAGUACUGCAGCUCCGACCACGGCGGCUCCUACGGUACCGGGCCCGGUUCAUAAUUGCAGCUACGAGUUGUAUAACACUACCUUAAAGGUAUUGUGCGUGAUUAAAGGCGGGUCCAUGCCUGAGAUCAUACAUCUAGAUGGUAUCGGCAUAGACGAGAAAGAGAUGUGUGUCCACGAGCAUCUGAAUGAGACGGAAGGCAUGUACCACAUGUAUGACGACGGAAGAUAUGUUAUAUUUCUCAGACGGGAAGAAGACGUCGAAUCACCGCAUGUGUUUAUCCCUCACAAGAUCAACUACCAGCCCGCCUUCACCGAGAUUCGAGACGACUCGGAAUUGAUGCCCGUCUUCAGAGUAGCAGGCCGGCAUGCGCAUGCGCCGAAUGGAGUGUGGGUCAAUAAGACACACGAGGCGUGCAAGUCUUAUAACGGCGCAUGCGCACUAGUCACGUCACUGAGUACCAUGCUGGUGAUGGCGUUAGUGGCGAUUGGUAGUGGCUAUGCUUCACAAUAAGUGACUUGCUUUAUCACUUUUCACGCUGCUAUGGGUAACGCUGGUGAAAAAGCCAGGCGCGUUUUAAAAUAACCCGGGGUAAGGGAGGAGGGGGUGAGUAGAGUAUGCCUUAACUAUGUGUGGCAAAAAAUAAUCAGAAUCAUGCGGGCCAUUUAAAACACGCCUGAACAGCGUUCAAAGCAUUGGCGUAAUAAACGUAAACAACAGCUAAUCUAUAAAGCAAACCUUAAAUCACCUGAUCAGGUAGCAGUCGCGCCAUACUUACACAUAUGCUCGGGUUACCUAGUGAUCUUUGCGAACGCUCUCUUCUAGCCGGACAAAGGAAGCACUGGAACUUCAAAAUUAUGUAAUCAUUUCAUAUCUUUUCAAUUAAAUGUGGAUUUUCAUUAAAAGUUUUACAAUAA